UCGCCCCAGAAAAUCCAAUCAAUUAUCAGCCUAAGGGGCGGGGGGCAAAUAUUCACCCACUUUCUCAGCCCCAAUUCCGGGAAUCCCAAUUCCAAAACCGAAUCCCCAAAACAGAGGUCAAACUCACUCACCCUCUCACACACCGUGGCAUGGGCAACAAGCUGCGUCGUCGCCAGGUCGAUGCGGAAGAGCCAGAAGGUGGUCGGCCAAAGAAACCCCCAGGAAGAUGGCCCCUCUGGCGGGUUAUCUACUGGAUUGGCAUUCUCAUCCUGGUGGUAUUGCUCUGUGUGGGCAUGUACUUCACCCUCGAGUCGGACUUUGGCGACUGCUCGUCCUAUGAUGUGCGCUGUGAUUGAACGCUCCCGAGGUUAUGUUAGACAGGUAAACGUACCUGUGUCGGGAUCAAAAGCUGUCUGUUUGGUGUCAACAAUGUUUUAAGAUUUAUUAAUUAAUAUCAAGAUGUUUGCUCGCCGUGAUAUUAGCUAUGAGCGCCACAAGGUCGAUCGAAGUUGGACGUAUGUUUUCAUGGUUGUUCUUUUGAUUAUAAUCGCUAUUUACAUAAUCAUAUUCGCUUAUUAUUAUUUCCUUGCUCCUGAUAAAGAGCAAUACUCCCUACUAUAAAAUAACAAAAUUUUCCAUGAUUCCUUUUCUAUGCAUAUGUUAUGUAUCUGAAUUAAAUAGUCAUAGUUAUUAUAUUGUACUAUCUGUUCAUUUGCACUGCCGCUCACAUGUGGUCUUGGAUUUCCAAUUAAUGCCAGAUUAAGACCACCCCAUUGUUGAUGAAUACAAAGACAAGGACACCAAGCCAUGAAGCACACUAUCCUGUGCUUCACAUGCAAAUAUCCUUGGUUUUCGUGUCUGUCUGAGUCUGUGUGUGUGCGAGCAUCCUGAUGCCAUUCAAACUUAUUGGAGCGCUUCCUUUUGAUGGCGUCCCGGUUGACUCCUCAAUGGCGAAACGCGUUUUAGUUGAAUGAAGCUAGUGAAUGCACAUAUUUGGCUUUAGAUAAGAGAGAAAUCCAUGUGGCUGCACCGGCUGCCAAUUAUUUGUAGUAUUAAUUAACAG